AUAUGAAGGCGUGAAGAAGACUACAGGCGCGCCUCCACUCUCUCUCUCUUCUUUCUCUCUCUACAAAACGCUCUCUCAUUCGUCUUCGUCUGAGCCUCUCUAUCUUGGAAGCCCAACACUCGGCGAGCUUCUCUUUUUAACUGUUUCACAGCCAAAUUCAAAAUCAAAAUCCCAUCAAGCAGAACCCAUUUCCCUUUUACUCUUUUCAAAUGUUUGUUUCUUCCUCUAUUCCUUUACGAUUCGCAUCUCUAUUGUUUUCUACGUUCUGCGUACAAAUUAAGAAAGAAGAAGCUUAGUUCUUCUUUAGUGCAAGUGGGUGUGAUUUGGCUCCGUGUUCAUGGCCUUUCGCGCGAUGUUUUGCUGUGGAAUUGGUUCCGCACGGAAAGGAAGAGGGAAGAAACAUCAAACAUGGAGGGUGUUUUCAUUGAAGGAGUUACACUCGGCCACAAAUAAUUUCAAUUAUGAUAACAAGCUUGGAGAAGGAGAAUUUGGUAGCGUUUACUGGGGUCAGCUUUGGGAUGGAUCACAAAUUGCUGUUAAGAGGUUGAAGGUUUGGAACAACAAAGAAGACAUGGAAUUCUCUGUUGAAGUCGAGAUACUGGCCCGAGUUCGGCAUAAGAAUCUAUUGAGUUUACGUGGCUAUUGUGUUGAAGGGCAAGAGCGUUUGAUCGUGUAUGACUACAUGCCCAAUCUAAGUCUUCUCUCCCAUCUACAUGGGCAUCACUCUUCAGAAUCCCAACUCGAUUGGAAACGCCGAAUGAAAAUCGCUAUCGGGUCUGCUGAGGGAAUUGCCUAUCUUCACCACCAAGCAACUCCACGUAUAAUUCAUCAAGACAUCAAACCAAAUAAUGUUUUGCUCGAUUCAGACUUCCAAGCUCGUGUAGUCGACUUCGGGUUCGCAAAACUCAUCCCCGAUGAUGCAACACAUGUAACAACAGGAGUCAAGGGCACACUUGGAUACCUCGCUCCAGAAUACGGUAUGUCAGGGAAGGCAUCAGAGAGUUGUGAUGUAUAUAGCUUUGGCAUUCUCCUGCUCGAGCUCGCAACCGGAAAGAAACCUCUUGAGAAGUUGAGUGCAACAACGAAACGCACAAUCACAGAGUGGGCACUGCCGGUAGUAGUUGAGAAAAAAUACAACGAACUUGCAGAUCUAAAGCUAAAUGGAGAGUACAAUGCAGACGAGCUAAAGCGAGUCGUCCUCGUUGCACUCAGUUGUUCCCAUUCACGGCCUGAGAAACGUCCCACCAUGCUCGAGGUCGUAGAGCUGCUAAAAGGAGAAUCGAAAGAGAAGGUAGCCAAGUUAGAAGAUGAUGAACUGUUCAAGAGCCAUCAAGUAGCUGCAGCACAAACUACAGAGACAGCAGCAGCUGGUGAAGAUAGCUCAGACUUGAUAUCAGAAGAAAAGGAUUCAAAAGAGAAUUCAACACCAAACCCACAUGAGAAUAGCAGCUAAGUCUUCUUUCUUCAAGCUUUUUUUCCCCAUUUUCCCUUUGGAGGCUCUGGCUGUCACUUACAAAAGCAUGUCAGAGUGGUAAAUUUGGGUAUUGAUUAUGAUUCUCAAGCAUUGUUUUAUGAGUGCAGCUGAGAUUUGUUUUGGCUCUUUUUGUUCUUAUUUGUGUGUGUGUGUAUGUAUUGUAUUGUAUUGUAAGUGGCAUCAAACUGUAUCCAACUUUCUGGGUUCUCUCU